AUGAAGUUCAACUCCUAUCUCACCUACCUUGCUGUCCUUGCUACCUUAGGCCUAGCGCAGACCAUCCCCGCGAACACUCCCGUCCGUUUCCGUCUAGCUGAAGACACCGAAGUCUGCUUAGGCGCUGUUACGAACGCGCGGCAAGCGGAGAUCCUCGUCACCGCUUGCGAUUCUCCGAACACGAUCUUCCAGCUCACCAUGGGCGGACCCAAUGAAACCACCGACAUCGUCCUCGCGGAGAGCUUGUCUGGAGGACCCAUCCUGUGCAUCACUGCUCGCAACUCGCUCGCGGGAAACACGCCCGUCAUCCUCGAUCUCUGCGAGGACGACAUCUGGGAGCACUGGCGCGUCUCGAGCGGCACGGGGACUGGUCCAGGAGAGAUCCUCUCCGCGGUGCCUACCAACGGCGACUACUGUCUUGCCGCACAACACGCCGGACUGGGAGACCCGAUCCUAUUUGCGGGUUCUAGCGACGCAUUUAGUCAGCAAUGGGUGGUCGAUAUUAUUGGAGACUAG